AGGCCACUAGCCCGAGAAAUUCGACGCCAUCUCAAGCUGUUCUUCGAACCGAAGGAAAGCUCGAAUCUGAUCCCUUCUUGGUCUUCUUCCUCGCAAAAUCACACAAGAUUUUCACCCUAGAUUCGAGUUUCUGAGCCAAAAGUGGGCUGUUGAUCGCCUCGUCCGAGUCGAUGUUGAGUCGCCUCUGACGUUUGUUGAUGAUUUGUGGUGCUCUUUGUUUGGCAGAAUCAGCGGCAUGGCUGUGGAUUGGGGUGGGAUGCUGAUGAAUCCGGGAGUGGUUUCGGCCACCGACUACACCUCGGUCGCGUCGAUCAAUAUCUUCGUCGCGCUCCUCUGCGCCUGCAUCGUGAUCGGCCACCUGCUGGAGGAGCACCGGUGGAUCAAUGAGUCUAUCACUGCCUUGGUCAUUGGACUGUGCACUGGAUGUGUGAUUCUUCUUACCACUCGAGGGAAGAGUUCUCAUAUUCUGGUUUUUAGCGAAGACCUUUUCUUUAUCUACGUGCUUCCACCAAUCAUUUUCAAUGCAGGGUUUCAAGUAAAGAAGAAGCAGUUCUUUCGGAACUUCAUGACAAUUAUGCUUUUUGGUGCUGUAGGGACACUGAUCUCAUUCAUCAUCAUUUCACUUGGUGCCAUUGGAUUAUUCCGAAAACUUGAUAUCGGUGCACUCGAAAUUGGAGACUAUCUUGCAAUUGGAGCAAUAUUCUCUGCGACGGAUUCUGUUUGUACCUUGCAGGUGCUUAACCAGGAUGAGACACCUUUGCUUUAUAGCCUGGUCUUUGGUGAAGGUGUUGUGAAUGAUGCGACAUCGGUGGUGCUUUUUCAUGCAAUCCAGAACUUUGAUCUAAUUCAUAUCGAUGCCAUUGCUGUCUUGAAGUUUGUCGGCAACUUCCUUUAUCUAUUUUUUACCAGCACAUUGCUUGGAGCAAUUGCUGGAUUGCUCACUGCUUAUAUUAUCAAGAAGUUAUACUUUGGCAGACAUUCGACGGAUCGAGAAGUUGCCCUUAUGAUACUCAUGGCAUAUCUUUCUUACAUGGUGGCUGAAUUGUUAGACUUAAGUGGUAUUCUCACAGUAUUUUUCUGUGGGAUAUUAAUGUCGCACUAUACCUGGCAUAACGUGACAGAAAAAUCUAGAAUCACCACAAAGCAUGCAUUUGCAACUCUGUCAUUUAUUGCAGAGGUUUUUCUGUUCCUUUAUGUUGGCAUGGAUGCACUCGACAUUGAGAAAUGGAGAUCUGUCAGCAACAGCCCUGGAAAAUCUGUGAGUGUAAGCUCAAUUCUGCUUGGCCUGGUAUUUGUUGGAAGAGCUGCUUUUGUUUUUCCACUUUCUGCCCUAUCCAACUGGAGAAGAAAAUCUCCAGAUGAAAGGAUCACCUUUAAGCAACAAGUGACGAUCUGGUGGGCAGGUCUCAUGAGAGGAGCAGUAUCAAUUGCACUUGCGUACAAUCAGUUUACUAGCUUUGGAGACACCGAAGAGCGUGGAAAUGCAAUUUUCAUCACUAGUACCAUCACCGUCGUUCUUUUCAGCACAAUAGUGUUUGGGUUGAUCACCAAGCCUCUAGUGGGAUACUUGCUGCCUCCGAGCACUACUGGCCAUUUGAGCAGUCUAACUCUCAGCUUCACAUCUGAGCCCUCGAGCCCGCCCAGAUCUUACCUCUCCAUGCUGCUUGGGUUCGGACAGGAGUCUCAGGUCGAAGAAGAACAGACUUUUCCGCCUCCGCCUCCGCCUCCUCCGGACCUCCGUAUGCUUCUCACAGCUCCGAGUCGCUCGGUUCACCAUUACUGGCGCAAGUUCGACGAUAAGUUCAUGCGUCCAGUGUUCGGUGGAAGGGGUUUCGUUCCUUUCGUGCCUGGUUCACCCACCGAACGCAGUCUCCAUCCAUGUCAACCAUCUAAGAGCGAGCCGGAAGGAGACAACCCACCUCCACUUUCCCCUGUUCCUGCCACCUCUUAACCGGAAGGGGGAGUACCCACCUCCUCUUUCCUCUUUUCCUGCCACAUGUACGUUUGUGUUCGGUCCGUAACUGUGGGGAUUGUUGAUGUCACACUGAGAGAAAUGAAACCUGCAUGUGAUUUUGGUG